AUGAUUUUCCCACUUCCAACAGCCGAUGAAUCCUACCUCUGUUACGCUCGACAUGCUAUCGUUCACUUUGCUCGGUCGCAGCCACCUCUACCUAGCGUGACCAUCAAUUUCGACCGCCUCAAAGACGAGAUUCCCGACCUCUCUCCUUCAAACGUACUCAUUCUUCUCGAUUACUGCUAUGCCGCUAUCGGUAGCAUGGGUAAAAGGCAUGAUCUUAUCUCCGAUAGCAGUUUCGGUGAAGUUGGAGCCCCCUGCCUACCCCACGACUUCACAGACAACAUUGUGCAGCAUCUACAGCAGGCCUAUAAGGAGACGCAAAUCUUGACUACAGUACAACUCUACAAUCGGCUAGCUAUAAGGCACUUUGUCAUGAAAAGGAACGGAACACCAGGUCUGGCAAACAUGCCAAUCUUCCUCCAUCACCAUAGCAGCCGCCAUCUUCCGAUUUUCCUGCUGCCUAUGCAGCCCAUCAAUACUCCGCCCUGGCAUCUAUACCCUGCCGCUACUACAGGAGUACUGCUUCAGCCGGUUAAUGUCAUAUUCUCAGUGAAUCUCAACAACACCGAGAUUCAAGAACUGGGUGCUAUGCAAGCCUGGAGUGGGAGCCGCCACGAAGCGAGCCAGCACAUCAGAGUUGGCAAGGUUUAUAGGUCUUCUUGGUCAAUAAUUGAUAUUAUUACGACCACCUUUACCAUUUGGUACCAUCUGCCCCAAGAUCCCACCAUAAACUUUAUUGGCUUUGAGUAUGAUGAACUUGCCGCCUCAAGGCACCCUUGGGCUGAGGCGUGA